AUGGCCGCCUCCGCUGUUCGAUUUGUUGCUCCCCUCCGAAGCGCCCUCAGCGUUCCCCGGUUCCGAGCUUCCUCCGCUCUCCGGUCCGCCGCUCAGCCAAAUAUCAGACGAGCAUUCUCGCAGAGCGCAUUGCUCCAGGCGAAGAAAUACACACCACAGCACGAAUGGAUAGACGUUUCUGCUGAUGGCAAGACCGCUACCAUUGGUAUCACCGGCUACGCCGCUAAGGCUCUAGGAGACGUUGUUUACGUCGAAUUGCCCGCCGUGGAGGAUGAGGUUUCUGCUGGUGACAGCAUCGGUGCUGUUGAGUCCGUCAAGUCCGCUUCGGAUAUCAUGUCUCCCGCUUCAGGAACCGUCGUCGAGGUCAACACCCUACUAGAAGAGAAGCCAAAGACCGUGAACGAGUCACCCGAGGAGAAUGGAUGGUUCGCUAAGAUCGAGAUCACCGAUGCCAGCGAGUUGGACAGCUUGAUGGAUGCCGAGGCAUACAAGGCCUCCUUGGAGGAGACUGAUUAA